AUGGGUAAGCCCAAGCCACUGUCGAAGCCCAGGAUAGUGAAGAAGCACAAGAAACACUUCGAUCGGCACCAGUCCGACAGGAAAAUAGCCGUGAAGCCAAGCUGGCGCCGGCCGAAGGGUAUCGACUCACGCGUGCGGCGCAAGUUCCGGGGCACGAUAACCAUGCCGUGCAUUGGUUUCGGCUCCUCGAAGAAGACCCGUCACGUGCUGAGAAACGGUUUCUACAAGUUCCGCGUCGCCAACGUGAAGGAUCUGGAGGUCCUCUUGAUGCACAACAGGAAAUUUUGUGCUGAGAUUGCUUCUCAGGUGUCUGCCAAGAAGAGGAAGGACAUUGUUGAUCGUGCCUUCCAGCUUGGCAUUCUUGUCACCAACUCCAAGGCGCGUUUGCGAACACAAGACGAUGAAUAG